UCUCACCUUUUCCUCAAGAACAAGAAAUCUUUUAACUUUUAAACUCAAAAACUCUCUCCUCUGCUCCAUCAAGUUAGUCUUUCCUCUUUCUCUCCUAAAAAAAACCCUAGUUUUUAUCUCUGUUUUAUGGUUUCUUCUCACAGAUCCAAACUGUAAAACUCUACAACAGGUAAAAGUGAUAACUAUGGCGGCGGCAAUUGCAGCCACUACGGUGAGCUCUGCCGGUGGUUUAUUAGCGAUGUUGAAUGAAAGUCAUCCACAGUUGAAACUCCACGCGCUUUCUAAUCUCAAUACUUUUGUUGAUUACUUCUGGCCUGAAAUUUCUACAUCAGUAUCUGUCAUAGAAAGCUUGUACGAGGAUGAAGAGUUUGAUCAAAGACAACUAGCAGGAUUAGUUGCUUCAAAGGUUUUCUAUCAUUUGGGCGAACAUAAUGACUCAUUAUCCUAUGCCCUUGGAGCUGGCCCUCUUUUUGAUGUUACUGAGGACUCUGACUAUGUUCAAACUGUUCUUGCUAAAGCACUGGAUGAAUAUGCAAGUCACAAGACUAAGGCAGCCGAGUCAAAUGUUGAAGCUGCGAAGGCUGAUCCUAGAUUGGAGGCUAUCGUUGAGAGAAUGCUUGAGAAGUGUAUAGUGGAUAAGAAGUAUCAACAAGCCAUUGGCAUGGCCAUUGAAUGCAGAAGGCUGGAUAAGGUUGCUGAAGCAAUUGUGAGGAGUGAUAAUGUUGAUGCAACUCUAGCAUAUUGCAGUAAUGUCUCCCAUAAUUUCGUCAGUCGCAGAGUAUAUCGAAGUGAGGUGCUUCGUCUUCUUGUUGAAGUGUAUGAGAAGACACCAUCUCCAAAUUAUUUGAUCAUGUGUCAGUGGCUUAUGUUUUUGGAUAAACCAGAGGACGUAGCAAGCAUAUUAGAGAAGCUUUUACGGUCUGAAAAGAAGGAUGAUGCACUACUGGCAUUUCAAAUAGCUUUUGACCUAGUAGAGAAUGAGCACCAAGCUUUUCUUUUGAAUGUGAGAGAUCGGCUUUCCAGUCCAGAACUACCUGCUGAGCCUAAUACUGCACAAACUGGAGAUGCUACUGCUGCGGAGGAUGUUCCAAUGACAGAGGAAACUCAGCCUUUGAUUGAAACACAUAUAGAUCCAAAUGAAGCAAUAUAUGCAGAGAGGCUGGGGAAACUCAAAGGGAUUUUGUCUGGAGAAACUUCAAUAAAGUUAACCUUGCAAUUCUUGUACAGCCAUAACAAGUCAGAUCUCCUUAUUCUCAAGACAAUAAAGCAGUCUGUUGAGAUGAGAAACAGUGUGUGUCACAGUGCAACAAUAUAUGCAAAUGCUAUUAUGCAUGCCGGAACAACUGUAGAUACAUUCCUUAGGGAGAACCUAGACUGGCUGAGCCGGGCAACAAAUUGGGCCAAAUUUAGUGCAACAGCUGGAUUAGGUGUUAUUCACUGUGGCCACUUGCAGCAAGGGAGAUCACUUAUGGCCCCCUACUUGCCGCAGGGUGGAGCCGGGGGAGGUGGUAGUCCAUAUUCGGAAGGUGGUGCAUUGUAUGCUCUUGGGUUAAUUCAUGCAAACCAUGGGGAGGGCAUCAAGCAAUUUCUUCGUGAUAGUCUACAAAGUACCAAUGUAGAGGUUAUUCAACAUGGUGCCUGCUUAGGGCUUGGCUUGGCAGCUUUAGGAACUGCUGAUGAAGACAUUUACGAGGGCAUUAAGGCUGUCCUAUAUACUGACAGUGCCGUUGCUGGAGAAGCUGCAGGUAUUGGUAUGGGUUUAUUAAUGGUUGGAACUGCAAGUGAGAAGGCAGCUGAGAUGCUUGCUUAUGCUCAUGAGACGCAACACGAGAAGAUAAUCAGGGGUUUGGCAUUGGGGAUAGCCCUCACUGUGUAUGGAAGAGAAGAAGAAGCCGAUACACUGAUCGAGCAGAUGACCAGGGAUCAAGAUCCUAUAUUGCGUUAUGGUGGAAUGUAUGCUUUGGCGUUAGCAUACAGGGGAACAGCAAAUAAUAAGGCUAUUCGUCAGUUGCUGCAUUUUGCUGUGUCAGAUGUGAGUGAUGACGUCAGGCGGACUGCAGUAUUGGCACUUGGAUUUGUUAUGUAUUCUGAACCAGAGCAGAUGCCUCGCAUUGUCUCAUUGUUAUCUGAGUCUUACAAUCCACACGUGCGCUAUGGUGCGGCUAUGGCAGUUGGCAUUUCAUGUGCUGGUACUGGUCUGAGUGAGGCAAUCUCAUUGUUGGAGCCUUUGACAUCAGAUGUAGUUGAUUUUGUACGUCAAGGUGCUCUCAUAGCUAUGGCCAUGGUGAUGGUCCAAAUAAGUGAAGCUAGUGAUUCCCGUGUUGGUGCAUUUAGGCGGCAAUUAGAGAAAAUUAUCCUUGAUAAGCAUGAAGAUACCAUGAGUAAGAUGGGUGCAAUCUUGGCUUCAGGAAUUCUUGAUGCUGGUGGACGGAAUGUGACAAUAAAGUUACUUUCAAAGUCGAAACAUGAUAAAAUUACUGCAGUUGUCGGACUAGCUGUUUUUAGUCAGUUUUGGUAUUGGUAUCCCCUUAUAUACUUCGUUAGCUUGGCAUUCUCACCCACCGCUCUCAUUGGGCUAAACUAUGACCUAAAAGUGCCAAAAUUUGAUUUUGUAUCACAUGCUAAGCCGUCGCUGUUCGAGUAUCCUAAGCCUACUACUGUAGCCACAACUACUUCUUCUGUAAAACUUCCUACAGCUGUUUUAUCAACAUCAGCAAGGGCCAAGGCCAGGGCUAGCAAGAAAGAGGCGGAGAAAGCUAAUGCUGAGAAGGCAUCUGGCGCAGAGUCAUCUUCUGCUGCCACUAGUUCAGACAAGGGCAAGUCCUCUAGUAAAGGUGGAGAGUCUAUGCAGGUGGAUACUCCUGCAGAGAGGACGAAUGAACCAGAGCCAUCAUUUGAGAUUUUGACCAACCCUGCUAGGGUGGUUCCUACUCAGGAGAAGUACAUAAAAUUUUUGGAAGAAAGUAGAUAUUUGCCAAUCAAAUCAUCACCUUCUGGCUUUGUGCUUCUGAAAGAUCUACGUCCCGAUGAACCCGAAGUAUUGGCUCUUACUGAUACACCCUCAUCAACUACAUCCAGUACUGGUGGAUCAGCUGGACAACAGGGCUUGGCCUCAGCAGUGACUGCUGACGAGGAGCCUCAGCCACCACAGGCAUUUGAAUAUACGACGUGAUUUAUGGUAAUCUAAAAGCUUGGGUGAAUGAUUGGGUGUUAAUUCAAUGGAAUCCAUUUGAGGUGUUGUGCUGAAUGGGAAGAGGUGAGAAGGACCAAACAGCAGUUUUUCAUGAUCGAGUUGAAUUUGAAUGUAAGCUUCUUUCCUCUAUAGAGAUGAGCUUGUAGUUGUCAUACUGGAAAUUUUACUGUCGACGUCCUUUGUCUGAUUCAGCUGUAUUAUAGAGUGCAUAUGUCCUUUUGCUUAUCUUCGUGGAUUAUUAUCGAGGAGCAGGAUUCUACCAUGUUUAAGACUUGAUGGAAAGGCAGAAAAAGAGGAUUUUAUGCUUCCUCAGACACUGUUUGGAUGUAUUUUGCUUCUUUCCCCUGUUAACAUUAUUAUUACUUUACUUUUAUAGGAUAGGUGUAGUAAGAAAUUGUCUACUGCAAUGAAUUGAUUGCAUUGAUGCUAUCAAGUAUAACCAAUCUGACAUCUCUUAUGCAUCAUCAA